AUGAUGUGGACCCCCACUCUCUUGUCUUCCAAGAUAGCUACAAUACCGUCCAAAGCGCUAGGGGCAGCCUUGUUGUGCUUUGCAUUGCCAUAUGUUGCCUCUGUGCUGUUGCAAUACAGCGUCGCUCAUCGAAUUGCGUGUUCGGUGGUCAUCUUUCUUGUCGUGUCAGCGCAAUUGCAAUAUCGUACGACUAAACGCUUCCAAGUCACUCAAAAAUUGCAGGCACUCCCUCGGACGGCUCGUUGUGACUCUCCUUCGGUGGAAUGUGGAGAUGAUCGAGAGGUAGAACGAGCUCGUCGCUUCAUACCGCCGGAAACAGGUCGCAACUCAACACCUGCCUGGAGAUCAUCAACGACAACGAAAGCAACAAUUGCCCAAAGCGUAGCACACAUUCGCACCAGUCAAUGUCCGCAGCUUGUUGAUGCUUGCUACCUGGAUGCUGCAGCUGCGCCUCCCUUUCCGUCUGGUCUGGUCACAGCCGUGGCAGAAGAGCUAUCAGCCAGGCUCUUGUCCAAUCCGCACUCCAAGUCACCAUCAGCGAUCAGCACGGCAGACCAGAUUGCAGCUACUCGCCUUCGGAUGAUGCGUGAGGUAUUUGGAAUUCAAGACACACACGACUGGCAUCUCAUCUUCACCUCAGGCACCACCGCCAGUCUCAAGCUAGUGGGCGAAUGCUUCGACUGGGCUCCGACAAGAGGCAAGGUCGGAUUCUCGUACUUCUUCCAGAGUCACACUAGCGCUGUUGGAAUCAGAGAUCUCGCAGCACGCGCUGGUGUUGCUAGUGCUAGUUUUGCUGAAGAGGACGUCUGCGAGGCGGCUCAGGAAGGGUUGAUUGUGCUUCCGUUGCAGUGCAAUGCAACUGGCAGGAGAUAUGUCCACCUGGCGAAACAGCUUCGUCGUUCAAGGUCGGAGAAAGCAAUCGUAAUGGUCGAUGCCGCUUCGUUUCUGUCAUCGUCUCAAAAUUUGAAUCUGUCUGGGUGGGCUGCCGAAGAACUGCCGGACAUGAUCGCCUUCUCAUGCUACAAAAUAUUUGGGCAUCCAACUGGUCUCGGUGGUCUGCUCGUUAAGAGAUCUGCCGCUGGUCGACUGCAACACAAGACAUACUAUGGCGGCGGAACCGUCGACUCAAUUCUGGCCGAGGCUCGAUGGACAAAGCCACGGAAAGAUUUUGAGGCAAGGCUCGAAGAUGGCACGAGCAACAUCCACGCAAUUCUUGCAGUCAACACGGCGCUCGAUUAUUAUCGCAAAGUGUUUGGGCCCUGGGACCUGCGCGGCCACUAUGUGGCUAGUCUUGGCAGCAAGCUUGUUCAAGGCAUGCAGAGCAUGAGACAUGGUAAUGGUAACCCUGUAGUCCAGCUCUACCGAGGGCGCGGUGACGCCGGAGCAGAUCGUGGUCCGAUUGUCAACUUCAAUAUCUUGACCGCCAACGGCUUCAUCGUUCCACCGCAGGAAGUCGAUCGACUAGCCAGCAUCAGCAACAUCCAUUUGCGUAUGGGCCGGCAUUGCAAUCCUGGCUUUGUCACAUCCCAACUCGGUGUCAGCGCAGCCCAGCUCAAACAAGAAUACGCUGAUGGCGUGGGGUGCGAUGAUGCCGGAAGCACUUCCCUGGAAGGCACUUCGAAAGCGUCAACAUCGUUGCGAGUCAGUUUGUGCAUUCUGAAUACGGAUGAAGACGUCGAACGACUGGUCGGCUUCAUUGCACGAUUUUUCCUUUGCGCAUCGCUCACCGCGCGGUACGAAUCGGUCAAGAGCAUUGGAGGAAAGCCAAAUGAAGGGAGGCGCUUCGAGUUGGCUAACAUCACGAUGUAUCCGAUCAAGUCCUGUUCCGGUCAGCAUCUUGAGCACGGCGAGAAGUGGAACCUUACACGGCACGGUCUCGAAUUUGAUCGUGAAUGGAUCGUGAUGAAUCUUGCCAACGGCAAAGCGCUUUCCCAAAAGCGGUUUCCGAAGAUGGCGCUCAUCCGGCCAAGCGUCAAUGUUUCUGCUCGCACGAUGACUGUAUCCAUCGUUGGCACCACUCGAGCCUUCACGAUCAAGCUGGACGACGAGUCGCAGUACGUCGACGAAGCGUCCGGGGACACAAACGUCGAGGUUUGUGGCGCUGAGUUGCGUCCACGGCCUCACAAAAGCGAAGUGGUGCGGUCCGUGCUCACCGAUCUACUGGGCGUGUCGUGUACGCUGGCAAGGCAAGCGACAGAGGUGAGUCGACACUCGAAACUUGAUUCGGGCCGCGACAAGGUUCCGCUCAUUUUCAGCAAUGAGUCGCCUUUUUUGCUCAUCAAUGCUGCCAGUGUGGACAAGGUCAGCGAAUGGGUAGACCAAGAGACAGCUGUAUCUCCUGCGUGUUCUUGUUCUUGCUCUUGCUCUUGCUCUUGCUCUUCGACUGCCAUGGAUGAAUUGGCUUCCGACUCGGGCUACUCUUCAGCAUCCCACACGGAAGGAAAAGACAAGCAGGACGGGCUGAUAGCGCAGGGUGCGAGCUUUCGUGCCAACUUUUUGAUUUCUCCCAUCGACGGGACUGCGCCGGCAGCAUUUGUAGAAGACGGGAUUAGUCGGGUGGUGCUGGGGGCCAAGCACGUGUUUGGUGUGCUUGGAGAGUGUCGGCGCUGUCAGAUGGUUUGUGUGGAUCAACGCACGGGCGAGAUCAAGCCACAGCUGCUCAAGACGUUGGCGAAACAUCGGAGGAACGGGAAAGGUAGGAUCAUCUUUGGCUCGCAUUUGGCGUGGCUGCCGAAUUUGUCAGCCAGUAAUCGAGAUGAAGACGAUGCAAAGGUGUGGGUGGGGAUGCAAGUUGUCGCCACCUGA